UUUUCCCUUCUUUUUCUUGUGCCAUCAUUCAUUCUCUCAAACUCCAACAAUCACUCAUACACACAAUGUGACUCAGCACUCUGUCAUGGCAAACACAUUCACAACGAUUCCUUAAACCAAACCAUAACAAAAAAUGGCUACUCCCUUUCGUCCCCUUUUCUCUACUUUUCUCUCUGUUCUCUUCCUCUUACUUCACCUUGGCUGCUUCAUCUUCCCCUCAAAAAAGCGAAAACUCUCUUCUCACAGCGAUUUUUCACAACAACCACCAACGUCUCGUCUCAAAAACUCAACAACCGUCGCUAUUUCCUCUUCUUGGUCUUACAUUAAACGUAUUUUCUCAUCCAAUAAACACGACCCAAUACACAAAAUCACUAGCCCAACUCACCAUAACCCUUCAAUCUCAUCUCCAUGCUCUUCCACUAGGUCCCUUCAUAAACCUAUUAUCAUACCAGAAUCCGAUAUUUGCUCCGAACAAUUAUUCUUCCCAUUAAGAAACGACAUUUACCCUUGUACACUAUGUGGUGAAGUAUUCCAAAGCCCUAUUCAUCUAGAACAACACCAGUCCAUUAAACAUGCAAUAUCUGAGCUUAUAGAUGGUGAUUCGGGUAAUAACAUAGUUCGAAUCAUUUUCCAAACGGGUUGGGUUGAUAAGACCAAGAACCCGACUAUCCAUCGGAUCUUAAAGAUUCACAACGGUAAAAGGAUUUUAACCCGUUUUGAAGAAUACAGAGAAUGUGUCAAGUUAAAAGCUAGUCGAAAUGCUGUUGUUAAGAGGGAUGAAAGGUGUAUAGCUGAUGGAAAUGAGUUGCUAAGGUUUCAUUGUACUACGUUCAUGUGUGAGCUAGGACAAAAUGGUAAUUCUAGUAUUUGUACACAACAGUACUGUAGUGUAUGUGGAAUUAUUAAAAGUGGGUUCUCACAUAAGAUGGAUGGGAUCUCCAUGCAACCUACGAGUUUGAGGGCACACGUGGCAGUACCUGAGGAGAUCGUGGAGGAAUUUGGGUUCAUGAACGUGAAACGGGCUAUGCUGGUGUGUCGGGUCAUUGCGGGUCGGGUCGGAUGUGACCCUGGUUAUGUGAAUAAAGAGGAUCCCGGGUUUGAUUCGUUGGUGGGUAGGGAAAAUGGGGUCCACACGAGAUUGGAUGAAGAAGAUGAGCUAUUGGUAUUUAAUUCGAGGGCUGUACUUCCAUGUUUUGUGAUAGUGUAUACUGCAUGAUUAAUGAUUGUGGUAAUGUGCUGUGUGUUGUUACAUGAGAUAUUUGGUGUUGAUUUUAAGUGUUACAUUACUACUUUCAUAGAGCA